AUGAAGCUGGAGAAAACACUGACCUAUGAGAAGCUCAUGGAGUGGACCAAACCUGACAACAUAAAGAUACAAUACGUUGCAUUAUCUCUUCCUAAAUUCAAGAUGGAAGAAACUUAUGACAUGAAGAAUCUACUGGUGAAACUGGGAAUAGUGGAUGCUUUUGAGAUGGGGAAUGCAGAGUUUUCUGGCAUGUCCUCCAAAAAUGAUCUGGUGGUGUCUGAGGUGAUUCAUAAAUCCUUUGUUGAAGUCAAUGAAGAAGGAACAGAAGCAGCAGCAGCUACUAGUUCAUUAUGGUUCAUGCUGUGCCCCACUACAACCUUCAAUGCUGAUCAUCCCUUCCUGUUCUUCAUCCGACACAAUCCCACUAACACCAUUCUGUUUAAUGGACGCUUCUGCUCUCCAUGA